AUGUCUAACACUCGCAUUCUUCCGUGGUUCCUAACAAAGUCCGCCUCGGCUUGUAUUGUACUCGGCUUAGGGGCCUACUGCACUCGGUCUUUUAUAUUAUCAACCGGCCAUGCAGAGUCAAAUGAGCCACCGAAAGUGUUCCCUGGCUUUGGAGUUACUACACUACGCCUGCAAAGUGCAAAGGAUGUGAACCACAACACGAAACGGCUGGUGUUCGAGUUUGCAGACCAGAUUGCCAAAAGCGGAUUGACGCUGACAUACCAACCAGGCAGCCUCGUACUCAUGGUCAAGAGAUACCCAAACGGCAAAGCAAGUAACCACCUCCACUCCCUCGUCCCAGGCGAUACCCUCACAUUCGCCGCAGCCAUCAAAGGCGAAUCCUGGACAUCGAACAAAUAUCCCCAGAUUUAUGCUAUAGCUGGCGGAGCGGGUAUAACACCUAUCUACCAACUAGUGCAGGGUAUUCUGAAUAAUCCAGAGGACAAAACGAAGAUCAAGCUCGUGUUUGGUGUUAAUACCGAACAGGAUUUACUUCUUAAGGAGGAACUGCAGGGGUUCAAGACUCGGUUCCCGGAUCGGUUUGAUUAUUUUUAUACUGUUAGUCGUCCUACUGGACAUGGUGGGAGUGAGGAUGGAAAUGGGGAGGUUAGAAGAGGUUAUAUUACCGAGGAGCUUCUGAGGGGCGUUGUUACUGCUGAUGGGGACGCUAGGGUCUUUGUUUGUGGGCCUCAUGCUAUGGAAGAGGCUUUGGUUGGGUCUUGGGAGAAGGGAGGGAUUUUGGCGAGGAUUGGGUUUAGGAAGGAUCAAGUUUGUAAAUUUUGA